CCCCAUCUUCUCUUCCUCCUCGCUCUACGCUUCCUGCCUUUUCGAAGCGUAGCCUUCCCCUCUUAUCGAUCCACUGCCCUUAAAUCUGAACCUCUCACCAUUAAAAUUGCCAGUUCUGCGGAGAAUCUACGACUCCUUCCCGCUUCCAGUUCUAAGGACCUUCAACUAACUUGCCAGGUCGGUUUGUUAUCACUAUAUUGCCUUUUCCCUUGCUAUGGCUGCUACUGCAACAGCCUCUUCAGUGGGUCCAAGAUAUGCACCGCAUGACCCAACACUUCCUAAACCAUGGCGGGGACUUGUUGAUGGUAAGACCGGUUAUCUGUACUUUUGGAAUCCCGAGACUAAUGUCACCCAAUAUGAGAGGCCUACAAUCUCAGCUACCUUGCCCAAGUCUUCUUCAGUGCCUAGUUCUUCAGUCCAGGUCCAACAAUCAUCACAAGGGCGUCGGGACCGCAGUCCUGAUUUAGAUGAUAGGUAUGGUAGAAGCAACGUUGGUGGAUCAAAUUCUGAAGCUGGAUCUCGGAAUCAUCAGAAUCCAAAAGGUGGGAGUUUCAGUUCUCAUAAUGUUCCAAAUGGAAUGCACAUGACUGGAAAUGUCAUCUCUUCUAUCAAAAGUGGAUUAUCAGAUGCAGGAGUUGGAUUAACUCCAGAGUCUUAUCGACGUCGCCAUGAAAUAACUGUUUCUGGAGAUAAUGUUCCUCCACCUUUCAUGUCCUUUGGCUCUACUGGCUUUCCGUCAGAGAUUCUUAGAGAGGUACACAAUGCUGGGUUCUCUGCCCCAACACCCAUUCAGGCACAGUCAUGGCCCAUUGCUCUUCAAAGUAGAGAUAUAGUUGCCAUUGCCAAAACAGGUUCAGGGAAAACCCUGGGAUAUUUAAUUCCAGGUUUCAUCCAUCUCAAACGUGUUGGCAGUGACUCCAAAUUGGGCCCCACUGUAUUGGUACUGUCACCGACUAGGGAGCUGGCAACACAGAUACAAGAUGAAGCUGUGAAGUUUGCAAAAUCAUCUAGAAUUUCUUGUGCAUGUUUGUAUGGGGGAGCACCAAAGGGUCCUCAAUUGAGAGACAUUGACCGAGGAGCAGAUAUUGUGGUUGCCACUCCUGGCCGCUUGAAUGAUAUUCUUGAGAUGAGAAGAAUUAGUCUUCAUCAGGUGUCUUACCUUGUACUAGAUGAAGCUGACCGUAUGCUGGAUAUGGGUUUUGAACCUCAAAUCAGGAAGGUUGUGAAGGAAGUGCCUGCACGGCGGCAAACCCUCAUGUUUACUGCAACCUGGCCUAAGGAGGUCAGGAAAAUUGCAGCUGAUUUGCUGGUCAAUCCUGUUCAGGUUAACAUUGGCAAUGUUGAUGAGCUUGUUGCUAAUAAGUCCAUUACACAGCAUAUAGAAGUAUUGGCACCAAUGGAGAAACACAGACGAUUGGAGCAAAUAUUGCGGUCGCAGGAUCCAGGAUCAAAAAUAAUUAUUUUUUGCUCUACCAAGAAGAUGUGUGAUCAACUUGCUCGUAAUCUUACACGCCAAUUCGGUGCUGCUGCCAUUCAUGGGGAUAAAUCCCAGGCUGAGAGGGAUCAUGUGUUGAACCAAUUUCGAACUGGGAGAUCUCCUGUGCUUGUAGCAACAGAUGUUGCAGCUCGAGGAUUGGACAUCAAAGAUAUUAGGGUUGUUGUCAACUAUGACUUCCCAACUGGUGUGGAGGACUAUGUUCAUAGGAUUGGAAGGACAGGGAGGGCAGGAGCCACUGGCUUGGCAUACACGUUUUUUGGAGAUCAGGAUGCUAAACAUGCUUCAGAUCUUGUCAAAAUCUUGGAAGGUGCAAAUCAGCAAGUACCACCAGCACUCCAUGAUUUGGCAUCACGUGGUGGUGGGAUGAACAGAUCCAGGCGAUGGGGUUCUGGUGUUCGUGGUGGACGCAGCGAUUCUGGAUAUGGAGGAAGGGGUAAUGACUCUGGAUACGGUGGAAGGGGUAAUGAUUCUGGAUAUGGUGGAAGGGGUAGUGAUUCUGGAUAUGGUGGAAGGGGUGGGUUGGGAGCCACUCCUGGUGGCCGAGGUGGAGGCCGUGGAUUUGACUAUGAUCUUCAGAGGAAUGAUCGAAGUCACUACGGACAAGAUGCAGAUACCCAUGAGAAGUAUGAUAAAGGACAGAGUCGUAGCAGGAGCCCUGAUAGGAGCAGAAGCUUCUACCGUGAACGCGGCCGGAGUCGAAGUCCCAACAGGCAUGAAAGGGCUGCACCACCUUCGCAAGGCUUUAGUUUUCAUCAUGCAAUCAUGGAGCAUAAAGGGGGCAGUGAUCAUGACAAGAGCUUUGAUCAAGAUAGAAACAGGAGUCGCAGCCCUGUUAAGCAUGACAGGGCUCCAUCUGGCCAAGAACGUUCCCCAGUUUAUAGUUUUCAUCAAAUGAUGAUGGAACGUGGCCAGCCAUCUGGCUCAUCUAGGCAGCAGCGUGUCAGUGAUGGCAGUAAAGAUGACAGAAGUUCAAGAUACACUUAUAGUACUUACCGGACUAGCUCACCAUCCUCCCCAGGUGGUGGCAUGUCCGAGAAAGGUACUCGUAAAGAGUGGGGAAGAUCUCCCAGAGGUAAGUUGGAUGAUGGGAGAUAUGGUGGGGAAGAGGAGGAGGGGAUGAUUCCUGAUGAAGGCGAGGGUACUUGUUAAGAAUUGCGGCUAUUCCCGUCUUGCUAUAUGUUUCUACACGUUUGGUUUAUUUUGGUUACCUGCCUAUUUUUUGUAGUCGAGGUAGUGGGGUUCAGGCAAAAUGUAUUUUUUAGUGGAUGGAGAUGAAAGUGUGGUGGAAACAGCAAAACUUGAACCUAGUAUCAAAUGUUCGAUCUUUAUCUGGUAAAA